AUGAGCCCACUGGCAAAACCGGGUCUAGUAGUUCUUCACGGUGAUGGACCUUGCCCUGUGAUAGUUAAUCCGUCACCAUUUGUGUUAAAGCUCCAGACAUUUCUUCGUAUGGCUAACAUUGAAUUUGUACAUGAUCUUAGACACCCCUUCGGUAGAGAAAAUAAGAUGCCAUGGAUAGAGUUGGAUGGCAAAAGCUACUGUGAUUCUACGUUUAUAAUGGAAUUUUUAACAGAACGAUUUAAUGUUCAAAUUGACGAUCACCUAGAUGCCGAGCAAAAAGCAUUGGCUCGUUUUAUAUUAAAGACUGUAGAGGAAAAUACGAUAUGGGCCGUAAUUGUAUAUAAUCGCUUUAUCGAAGAUUUUGAAUGGUUCGGCAAGUGUGUGCCCCUACCAUGGUUCAAGUACUACGUCUUUAAAUUGAUGAUAAUACCUUACGUAAAAAAAUGUAUGUAUGGUCACGGCAUGGGAAGACAUUCCCCCGAAGAAAUCCGACAUAUUGCAAGAGGUGAUCUUAUGGCCCUCUCUAUCACCUUAGGAAAUAAGCAAUUCUUCCUCGGUAACGAUCCUACAACAAUUGAUGCCUGUGUUUUUGGUUUUAUCGUAAACAUUCUUUCUGGCUUAAGUGAAGACAGUUGGCCAAAUAAGAUGGUUAGGGAAGAAUUUUCAAAUCUUGUUGCGUUUUCUGAUCGCAUGAAAGCGAGAUUUUGGCCUGACUGGGACGAAAUUACUGCUAGCUGUAAAUCUCAUUAA